ACAAAAGACAACGCCCAAAAUGUCGAGAGUUAGGACUGUAACCGCAACAGCUUUGUCAAAGGAAACAACAGAGAAAUGUCAUUCGCACCCAGAAAAAACCUUAACGUUGUCCACGGCAGAGAGCAUCUCCUUGUUCGACUGGAUGCGUAUUUUCUUGGGUCACGUUUGCUUUUGCCUGAUCGGACUAGCUGGCAUACUGAUUUUUCCCGCGCUUGCACUUAGUCUCCGCGUGCGAGAAAUCUUUUUCGCCUUCAUCUACCUGGUGAUGCAGCGCCUCUGGUAUGAUGACUACGGCUCUGUGCGCCGCGUGGUGAUGACCGGACUGGACAAUAUUGUAUCUCACGACGCUUCGCUGAGAGCACAAGGAGCGGUGCGUGUUCUUGAAGUCGGCGCUGCUUACGGACCGAACAUGCCGUACAUACAGCGCAAGAUUGAGUACUGGAGACUCGAACCGAACGUCAGCUUCGAGCCAGAGUUUCAGAAGAACCUGGCUGCAAACAGGAAGGUGCAGUUGGUGCGGACUGUUCGAGGAUACGGUGAGGACAUGCAUAUGCUGCAAGAUGGCCACUUCGACGCCGUCAUUCUUACUUACGUCUUAUGCACUGCGAAGGACGGCGAGAAGCUUCUCAGUGAAAUCAAGCGUGUACUUCGAAAGGGUGGCCGUCUCCUUUUUGCCGAGCAUGUUGGACACCCGAAAGGCACCCGUGCUAGGUUCCUGCAGGAUACUCUGGCGCCCCUCGUCCAGUAUUUCACCGGCGGCUGCUACAUGAAUCGAGACAGCGGCGUCCUUUUAGCGAAAGCUGGCUUCUCUGAGAUAAAGAUGGAUGAGGUCGACAUUAACAUUCCCUGCGAGUACAGCUACCACGUCUACGGCUUCGCAACUGUAUAGGCGAGUCAUAUGAGUUGGCUUAUACUCAGGCUCAAACCUACACCCAGGU